AUGGAACUUGACGAAGAGUCUGCCAUCUUAUCGCUAGCUCCCUUCAAGGAACUCAAAUACCUCCUGCUUUACGGCACUGGCCUUCUCAACCCGUACAGCGCGACGUACUAUCCCAGCGGCGUGCGUCUGCACAGCGUUCUCCAGUCCAUUCUUCCUGAGAGUAUCGUGAGCGUCGCGAGCAACGACCUCAAGUAUACCGACAUUCUCAACCUAAGCACCGAGUUGAGAAACGGAGAGUAUGCAUACCUCAGGCGUCUAUGGAUUCCAAACUGGCUCAACAUCAAGAUUUCAGCAGCACGAGAGGGGUCAAGAAUUGUGGCCCAGGUCGACAGAUGGAGAACGUCAACACAGUUUACUGCGAGCCAGGAUAUGGGCCGCCACUACUAA